AUUUCUGUGGGUAAAUCUAGAGUGUACGCCUUACAUUCCACGAUGGCUCAGCUCCAGACACGCUUCUACACUGACAAUAAAAAAUAUUCGGUAGAUGAUGUUCCUUUCUCAAUCCCUGCAGCCUCUGAAAUUGCUGAUCUUAGUAAUAUCAUCAAUAAAUUGCUGGAGGCCAAAAAUGAGUUCCACAAACAUGUGGAGUUUGAUUUUCUUGUCAAGGGCCAAUUUCUACGAAUGCCCCUGGUCAAACACAUGGAACUAGAAAACAUCUCAUCAGAAGAAGUUGUGGAAAUAGAGUACGUGGAGAAGUACACUGCACCUCAGCCGGAGCAAUGCCUACUCCACGAUGACUGGAUCAGCUCAGUUAAAGGAGCAGAGGAAUGGAUCUUAUCUGGCUCUUAUGAUAAGACUUCACGAAUCUGGUCCCUGGAAGGAAAGUCAGUAAUGACAAUUGUGGGACAUACAGAUGCUGUAAAAGAUGUGGCCUGGGUGAAAAAAGACAAUUUGUCUUGCUUAUUAUUGAGCGCCUCUAUGGAUCAAACUGUUCUCUUAUGGGAGUGGGACAUAGAAAAAAAUAAAAUGAAAGCCCUACACUGCUGCAGAGGUCAUGCUGGGAGUGUGGAUUCUAUAGCUGUUGAUAAUACAGGAACUAAAUUUUGCAGUGGCUCCUGGGAUAAAAUGCUAAAGAUCUGGUCUACAGUCCCUACAGAUGAAGAAGAUGUAAUGGAAGAAUCCUUAAAUCGACCUAGAAAGAAACAGAAAAUAGAACAGUUGGGACUAACAAGGACUCCCAUAGUGACCCUCUCUGGCCAUAAGGAAGCAAUUUCUUCAGUUCUCUGGUCAUAUGCUGAAGAAGUCUGCAGUGCAUCUUGGGACCACACCAUAAAAAUAUGGGAUAUUGAGACUGGCAGUCUCAAGUCAACUUUGACUGGAAAUAAAGUUUUUAAUUGCAUCUCCUACUCACCACUUUGUAAACGUUUAGCAUCUGGGAGCACAGAUCGGCAUAUCAGAUUGUGGGAUCCCCGAACUAAAGAUGGUUCUUUAGUGUCGCUGUCCCUGACAUCACAUACAGGCUGGGUCACAUCAGUGAAAUGGUCUCCUACCCAUGAACAGCAACUGAUCUCAGGUUCUUUAGAUAACUUUGUCAAGCUGUGGGAUACAAGAAGUUGUAAAGCUCCUCUCUAUGAUCUGGCCGCUCAUGAAGACAAAGUUCUGAGUGUAGACUGGACAGACACAGGGUUACUUCUGAGUGGAGGAGCAGACAAUAAAUUGUAUUCCUACAAAUAUUCGCCUACCAUGUCCCAUGUAGGGGCAUAA